CACACCUAUGUCUGUGAAAGCUUUUUUUUUGUCUGUGAACAUCGAUUCACAGACAAUGUUUUGCACAAACAGAAUAUUGUCUGUGAACCGGAUUUACAAACAAAAAAAAAGCUUCACAAACAUGAUGUGUAUAAGGUGUGUAUAAGGGUGUGUUGAAAAAAAAAUUGGAAAAGAGGAAGUAAAAAGUAAAUUUUAUACGGAGCAUCUCAACAAACAGUAUCAAUCGCAAAUCGAGCUUUUCGAUCGAUAUCAAUCGUUGGACAUGAUAAAAAAAUCAACAUUUUAGCAACCUCCGGAGAGGUAGGGAGAAGAUCACGAAUUAGAGGCCGGAAGAAAGAUGGGGAUUCGAUUCAUAUUAAUGGUGAACAAGCAAGGGCAGACCAGGCUAGCUCAGUAUUACGAAUACCUCACAAUAGAAGAAAGACGCGCUCUUGAGGGUGAAAUUGUUCGUAAAUGCCUCACCCGCAACGAGCAACAGUGUUCAUUUGUGGAGCACCGAAACUACAAAGUAGUGUACAGGAGAUAUGCAUCACUGUUUUUCAUGGUUGGAGUUGACAAUGAAGAAAAUGAGCUUGCCAUUUUGGAGUUUAUUCACCUGCUUGUGGAAACAAUGGAUCGCCAUUUUGGCAAUGUGUGUGAGUUGGAUAUCAUGUUCCAUCUGGAGAAAACACACUUCAUGCUGGAGGAGAUGGUAAUGAAUGGGUGCAUUGUUGAGACUAGCAAGUCCAACAUUCUGUCUGCAAUACAGCUCAUGGAAAAAGCAUCAUAAGUUCAAUUGCUUUGAACCUAACACCACUUGAGUUGUCAUGGUUCCAUUAUCCAUGUUGAAUUACUUCUAUCUAUUGCUUUUAUUAAAGAUCUUUGCAGUUCUUAUGUGUAGUUUAUACGGAUAAAACACUUCAAUCAUAUUCAGAAUGUUAAAUCUUUUAUUAUCUUGUACAAGCUAAUUACAUACCUUCUCUG